UGUUGAUCCUCUGACAUGAAGCUCAAUUUAUUUGUCACCACCGUGGUUCUGCUCGUUGCCUUCUUACCACGCUAUGAAUGUAGGGCUGUUGAAAGCCCUGGCGCUAUCCAGCGCGCGCUGGCGCCGCAGACCGACCCUCAGCAUCAAUCUCUUCCCAUCCUAGCUCGUGUAGGAGAGGAAAACUUCAUCCGGAUGGGAAACAGGAACCCAAACUCAGCUGGGACCGCGUCGAAAAUGUUCUCCGAGGGAUCACCGGCAAUCUACAACAGAGCCUUACAACUCCAACUGACGCAGCGUCUUCUACAAGGCAAAGUUGGGAACAUCAACCGGCCCAUCAGCGGUUUAGCAAACCAACUCGACGACUCGAUGGAGAGGGAGAGAAGAUCCGAGGACCCGCCGAUAUCGCUGGAUCUGACGUUCCACCUGCUCCGAGAGAUGAUGGAAAUGUCCAGAGCCGAACAGUUAGCCCAACAAGCGCAUAACAACAGAAAAAUGAUGGAGAUCUUCGGAAAAUAAAUAAUCACCAUUCCAUCCACCAAAGAUUUUUUUUUACAUUUAGCACAAACAUGAUAUUCUGUACCAUAGUGCUGCUUUUACAUCAUUGUUCUAAAAGUAUUUAUUUUAUAGCUUUAACUUAAAUUGACGGAGAGUAAAUGGGCUUGUAGUCUAAUCAGAUUGUAUCAU